AAUUUUGUCGCGAUUUUAAGCAUAUACAGUUUUUCGUCAGCCGAAAUAGGUAUAACUAACUUCACAAUUUUAAACAUGAAGGCCGUAAUUGCUGUUCUCUUCGCUCUCGCCGCUGUCGCCUCAGCUGGCAUUGUAGCUCCCUCAGUCUACAGCUACGGAUUAGCUAGUCCUCUGGCUUACUCCGCCCAUUACUCAGCUCCACUGGCUUACAGCUCUCCCCUGGCUUACAGCGCACCUUUAGCUUACAGCGCUCCCUUAGCCUAUGCUUCCCAUGCCGUUGUAGCUGCUCCAGCUAUCAAAUCUGGAUACGUUGCCGCUAACCCCGGAGCUGUACACACUGCCCCCCUUCCAGAAGGUCCCCACGCCUUCAGCCAUCAUUUGAACACUGCCCCAGCACCAGGAACUUUCUAAAUUAUCUAAUUUAUUCUUUAGUAAAAAAUGGUUUGCAAUAAAUAAUAUACAAAAA